AUGGCCGGUGGCGGUGGACUUAAAAAGAAGGUUAUCAACUACGUUCUCGACAACCCAGUAAAGGUAUACAUUGGUGGUGCAGCUUUUGUCUAUGCCCUUAGAUAAUACUCAACAAUUACUGCUUACAAUAAAUACUUUGGCAAAUAUGAUUUCCAAAGAAAAGUUGAAAGAGGAGAGCUCCACUGA